AUGCAGCUAGGAUAUGUUGAUGGAGAUGCAAUUAGGUUGGUCACAGCAACAAAGGUUUGGAUAGACCACAAUACACUCUAUAAGUGUCAUGAUGGUCUCCUUGAUGUCACCCGGGGAUCUACUGAUAUUACCAUCUCCAACAACUGGUUUAGAAACCAGGACAAAGUCAUGCUUCUUGGACACGAUGAUGGGUUCUUGAGAGACAAGAGCAUGAAGGUGACUGUCGCGUUCAAUCACUUUGGACCCAACUGCAACCAGAGAAUGCCACGGAUUCGUCAUGGAUAUGCACACGUAGCUAACAAUCUCUACCAAGGAUGGGAACAAUAUGCCAUUGGAGGAAGCAUGACUCCUAGCAUCAAGAGUGAAGCUAACUUUUUUAUUGCACCAAAAUCAGGCAACAAGGAGGUCACAUGGAGACAUGGCAGUCAGGAGAGUGGGCCAUGGAAGUUCUACUCCGUGAGGGACGCUUUUGAAAAUGGAGCUUCUUUCAUUCAAACAGGAUUAGGCAUGGCAAAGCCUAAUUAUAAUCCAGAACAGAUGUUCCCAGUUGCAGAUGCCAGAUUUGUGAGAUCAUUGACAAGAUCGUCAGGUGCUAUAUGCUGCUCCAGAUCAUUACGAUGCUGAGUGGAGCAAUGUAAAUGCAUAUAUCAGUUAAUUUCCUUCUUGUAAUGAGCACUUUCAACUUAUACUCUGCUUUGUAAAAUAGAA